GCAAUGAUUCGCCAUGCCGAAUAUGACUAGAUCGGAUAUUGUAUGAAAUAUGAUAUAUCACCUGCAGCCAUCGGAAGAUGGCAUAUCAAGCGAGGACACAUCGGAGCAUGGUCGUUAGGAGCCCCUUUUACAAUCGCUCUGGGGUGGGUUUGGUAUUAUAUGGAUAAUGGCCCAGAUAUUCCCACGGAUAAUAGCUGGGAAGGUUUCCAAUAUAAAUAGAAUAUGGCGAGACAGGAGUGGGAGGCCCUGAGAGUCAUACGCAGAUGGAUAGGGUAGAACUUGGUCACCAUUAUCUGAUGCGAGAGUCGCGACGAAAACGAAAAUGUCUAAUCGUGAAAGUACCGACCCUCGGAAUGAACGAGCACGCCGUAGUUCCCGGAGAUCUAGGCGGAACCCAAGAUCUAUUAGAAGAGACAACCAUACUAGCAAUAGCUCGGCUCAAAUGGAUAUACAGACUCAUAAUGCGACGCAUGGCUCUAACGGAUAUGUGCUCCAUCUCACUUCUGGUCCGGGACAAAGGGUUGAUAACAAUGUGGCGCUUAACGAUGACGAUAGCGAACAAGCAAAUUGCAACGCUAGUCUACACAACGGGCCCCUUUUGGCUCACAUGCCUCCUGACCAGCACACCACGAAUGGUUACAACCAUGGGAUAUCAAGGAAUGAUGACCCAGACGCUGUUGAUCAAGCUCACGAAGUCAGGCACCAUCAGCUCACAUUAACCCACGACAACCUGGAGCGAUAUCUAACUCGGCAAGAUGGAGUCCAUAACUACGCACUUGAAUAUUGGAGAACACAGCCUCUAGAGGAUGGUCCUAUUCGAUUAAUACCUGAGCUCCUUGAACUGAAUGCUUGGGACCAGAGCGAUGCUAUUUAUGGCCGAGAGAGUGACAUGGAAGCUACAAAGGGCGAGUCUCCUAAUGAGCAGUUGGGCUAGGGAAGGCGAGUGAUUGGUAUACGAAUAAAUCCGACCAAUCAACUAGAUAUAUUUUAUGUAGGAUAUGUAUCUCGCCAGAGCUAUUCUUUUCUACAGCUCAACUUCUAGAGACAUGUGAGGCUAACACAUUAUAGAG